UCCCGGCUCAUAGCCUGCUCUUCAGUAUUGCGCGAUACGCGGAGGGAUUAAAAACACAGGCGGCCAACAGCGAGCGGAUCUGGGAGCGGAGCACCACCACAAUGUUCGCCGGGAGGUUGAGGGCGUGCGCGGCCCUGUGCGUGUUGUGGAUUACGGCGUUGACGAGCACGCGGAGCGGCGUGUGUGCGAGGAGGCAAGAGGACUCGUUCUCCACCGCCAGUGUUUACCGAGCACGGUGCGCCUCUCGGUGCCUCAGCCUGCACAUCACUCGCAUCUCCGCCUUCUUCAAGCACUCGCAGAAUAACGGAUCCUUGGUGUGGUGCCAGAAUCACAAGCAGUGCUCCAAGUGCCUGGAGCCCUGCAAGGAAUCCUGGGACCUGAAGGAAAACCAGUGCCAGGAUUUAUGUGAGCCCCUCUUUCCCAAGAAGCAUUACGAGUGUCUGACCAGCUGCGAGUUUCUCAAGUCAAUCGAGGGCGUGAAGCAGGGCGACUGUCCCGCCCCGGAGAAGGCCAGUGGCUUUGCGGCGGCCUGCGUGGAGAGCUGCGAGGAGGAUGGAGAGUGUUCGGCUGUCAAAAAGUGCUGCUCCAACGGGUGCGGCCACACCUGCCAGCUACCCAAGAACCUCUACAAAGGAGUCCCUCUGAAGCCCAGGAAAGAGCUGGUGUUUGCGGAGCUGUCCUCGGGUCAAUUGGAGAUCCGCUGGUCCUCCAAGUUCAACAUAUCAGUGGAGCCUGUCCUCUAUGUGGUGCAGCGGCGCUGGAACUUUGGCAUCCAUCCCAGCGAGGAUGACGCAACGGAGUGGCAGACAGUCGCACAGACUGCCGAGGAGCGCGUCCAACUGGCCGACAUCAGAGCCAGCAGAUGGUACCAGUUCAGAGUCGCGGCGGUCAACGUGCACGGGACCCGCGGCUUCACUGCACCCAGCAAACACUUCCGCUCCACUAGAGAUCCAUCCGCCCCUCCACGCCCAAGCAGUCUGCGUGUCACCAACGUGACGCAGGGAGAUGAAGGACUGGUGACAGUUCGUCUCAAUUGGACCUUGCCAGAGGAGCCCGACAUCCCCAUUCAUCACUACAAAGUGUUCUGGAGCUGGACCGUCCCUACCAAGUCAAUGGUUCCGUCCAAGAAGAGAAGGAGAAAGACCACCAACGGGGCUCAGACAUGGGUGGAGCUGGAGGCCCUGCAAGCAAACAUCAGCUACACAGUGGAGCUGCAGGCUGUGACUUACUGGGGACAGGUGCGACUGAAGAGUGCCAAGGCCUUGCUGCAAUUCAGCACCACCCAGAAUUCCGAAUCAGUAAAAUCGGUGCACAAAUCAAAGAAGGAGGAGAUAUCCCCCCCUGGACCGACAUUGCCCAAGGCUAAGCGACCUUCUGGCCCUCUGGAGGUGGGCACACCUUUCUACCUGGAUGGCCAGCUACAAGUUCGUGUCUACUGGAAGAACCGUGGAGAGCCUGGCAUGAACCGCUACCAUGUGCAAUGGAUGCCCGAGUACUGCAACCACAAUGAGACACGGGGACCAGAGAAAUCCUCAACGCAGGAGAACUACAUCAACCUCCCGGGCCUGUUGUUCUCCUGCAAGUACAAAGUCACGGUUCACAUGCUCAAGUCCAAGAGACGCUCCAAGGAGGAGAGCACCACCUUCCUCACCCCAUCCUGUGCUACCAUCCGGAGCAAGACUCACAAACACAUCCCCUGCCUCGGGGAGGGAGCUGCAGGACUUCCCAAAGUCUUGGCAAAGCCUGAAAAUCUGACAGCUACAUUUUCCAUCAGUGGGGGAAAUAUCACUGGCAGCUUCCUGUGGCGCGUUUCCCGGGUGGCGCCCCAUCAGCGGAUUACAGGCUUUCAAGUUACCUGGGCUGAGAUCACCACUGAGAGUCGACAGAACAGCCUGCCCAACAGCAUCAUCUCCCAGUCCCAAAUCCUGCCUCCGGAUCAUAAUUUGCUGGUCGUGUCCAACCUGCGGCCGUCCACUUACUACAGACUGGAGGUACAAGUAAUAACAACUGGAGGGGAAGGUCCCGCAACUGUCAAGACUUUCCAGACUCCCAACAUAUUACCAGUCAGUCAGCACCGGCCCAGACUCCGACAGCACCAGUCUCCUCACCAGAAACCAUCAGUCGAGAGACACUGAGUCGCAAAGUCAGUCCGCCGCUCUUUCCCUCCCACCUGUCAGAGACUAUCUGGAAAGAGUGUGGAACCGUGAACUGUCCCAGAACCGACCCCCUUCAAUUCCCUCAUGAAAUAACGGUCCUCUUCUUUCAAGAGCCAUAACCCCUCGGCUUUUCCUCCUGAACCUCUCUGACUCGCUGUGUCAGAAUUGUGUACAGUUGAUCUUUUAUUGUUGUUUUAUUAUUUUACCACAAAGUCUACUGUUGUGCAUUUGUUAGUACACAUAUGGAAGAAAUACAGUUCCAAAAUCUAGCAACAUAGUAGGUUGAGAUGAUCACAGAGCACAUCAUGCAACAUAAGUCACUGAAAAAACCAUAAGUCUGUAAAAAAAAAAAAAAAAGAAUUUACCAUUUUCUGAGGAAGGUAAACGUGAUCUAUUUAUUUUGACUGAUGUCAUUGUUGUCACAUAGUAUGUUGCAUGUAGUACAUUUGACAAGUAUGUGCUUCAAAUUGAGUGCUUGCAAUGGUUUUGCAUGACGACCAUUCUGUUGGCAUGAAAAAAAAUCAAAAUAAAAUAAAUUGUCCUAUUUUUCUUGAUAUGUUAGCUAUAUUCCAUUAACAGAUUAACAAAGAACUAUACUGGGAAUACUAUCUAAUGUUUAUUAAUGAAAUUAUAACGUGUGGAAACGAUGAAUUGUACAUCUUUCUUGGCUGUAGAAAUGUUUGUGGUGGAACAGUCAGUGAAUGUCUAUAUUUAUUUAUGUGUGUAUUCCGGUUUGAUUUGAAUGUGCGUGGAUGUGGAUGUUGUGUGUGUUUUAGUCUCACUUUUUGUUUUUGGGAAGCAACGUAAAUCUUGUAAAGACACUUUGUAAAAAUGGAAUUGUAAAUACAGUCUUAUGUUACAUGUUAUUUUUCCAUGGUAGAAACUGUACAAACUCCGAAGUAAUAAAAUAAUCCUUA